AUGGAAGGUCGGAUUGCCUUGUCAAACAAGGCCCUUGCGACAGUCGGACUGGUGGCUGCCUACAUUUUUGUCGCAUGUCUGUGUGGGUCAUCGAGGGUUGAUGCCGCGGAAACAUCAAUCAUUACGUGCGCUCGAAAAAGUCAGAUGACCACUUGUGUCUGCUCAACAAGGCAUGGUGGAAAAGAAGAAGCCAGCGAUUCGACAGACACCGCAACCCUGUCAGAGUCGAGCAAUGGAAUCGCUAUCCAGUGCCCCAAACCAACUUUUGAGUUCGUGCCCUCUGAUGCAUCGACCGUAUGCACUGCAGAAACUGCAGAACACACCGAAAGGCCCCUGGAGGGGUGUAGCAAAAAAUCCUCUAAUGCGUCCAUUGCAAAUUUGCUGAACCUAGCCACCGACGCCCACAUCCCAAAGUGGACGACGGCGACCAGCGAACACACCCUGGUCGUUCCCGAAGAUGCUUUCCCUCUAGUUGACAAAAGCUUCAUUGCCGGCUGCUUUAACAAAAAUGGAGACGAACCAAAUGGGAAAGAGUGCGUGGUGAAAGUAAGCGUCAAGGCCAGGACGUCGGCUGUGAAGGACGGUGUCCUCACUUGCGCCUAUGGCACAGAAAGCAACUCGUCUGUUCCAGAAGUAACACUAAAUUCCGAGAACAACUCGCUGACUAUCCUGUGUGGCAGUGAGGGAGUGAUGCAACCGAACAAGGACUCUUUGACUGCCUACUACUGCGCCGGCUCCAACACGACUGACUGCAAGGAGGUGAACCUGACUGAGAUCAUGCCGACCUUCACAUCCAGCUGGUGGAUAACGGAUGAGAACAACGAUAACGCGCCUAAACUCGUGAUUCCGGAAGAUGGCUUUCCUUCCCAGAAAGAGACGAUCCUCUUGGGAUGCAACCCAAACAAAAACGUUGUCUCGAGGGCUGAGGAUGGUGAAGGAAGCACAGCUGCUCAGCUGCCGACUUGCAAAGUGAAGGUGACACUCAGCGCCCAAUCCUCCGGUUCAGAUGCCUCGAACGUUUCGUUCCUGGUAUUGACUGUUUUGGUUUUCAUUUCGCUUGUCGUUUCUAGCUCAUAUUGA